AUGGCACCACAGAAGGAAGUCGUUCUUAGGCUAGCCUCAAUGCGCUACUUGAAGGCUGGCGUCUCGGAGGAGGACUUCCAUGAGUACUCCACCAACUACCAUGCACCCAAGGCAGCUAUCAUCCAGGCGCGCCAUGGCGCUCUCAGGGUCUCCCAAAUCCAUUCACCAACUGCCCUUCGCAACCUCUUCAAAGAGAAAUUGCCAUGGGUUGUCAGGCCAGGCUGGAAGGUUGAUGACCAUGACAUAUCAGUCGCAGUUUGGGUCCGCACGUCGGAGCAAAUGCAGGCGAUCGUCACUGAUCCAGACUUCCAGUCGUUGAUCGCAGGCGAUGACAAGAUCAUCGAUGUGGAAAAUGUAACGGUUACGGCAGGGUGGGAGGAGGUUUAUAUUGAGGACGGCAAGAUCGUGAACAUUGAGGAUGGGAAGAGCCUGUAUCCGCCGUUCGCAGAGUGCGUCAAGGUUGGAGAUUUGAGUGUGCGCAGCGAGGUGACAGCGGAGGAAGCCAAGAACAUCUAA